UAUACUUAUCACACUUACUCAUUUACAUCCUAAGUUUCCUAAUUUCACCUUACUCAUAAAUUUUCUCUUCACUAAUUUCAUUUUGGUUGGUUUAAAAAAAGUGUUUUACCCUAACCAUAGUAAACAUAUGGCUAUGGGUGCUUUCCAAAAUUUCUUCUUCUUCCUUCUGAUCAUCUCUUGCUACAUCCUCACAAUCGUCAGCGAACAAGAGGAGACCGGUUUUGUGAGCUCAAUAAAUCCUAAGUUGUUUAAAAAGAAAGAAAAUUUUAGUCACUUUAGAUUCUACUGGCAAGACAUCGUUGGAGGAAACAACGCUACGUCCAUUCCAAUUAUUCCACCUCUCCCCAAAUUCAACAACGAUUAUAGUGUUUUUGGUUUAGUGAGGAUAUUUGACAACGCUUUAACGUUAGGACCAAAAUUAAGCUCGAAGUUGUUAGGUAGGGCACAAGGGUUUUUGGCAUCUACCUCACAAACCGAACUCGAUUUUCUUAUAGUUAUGAACUUUGCUUUGUUUGAAGGAAAGUAUAAUGGGAGUGUCAUCACUAUCUCAGGAAGGGACGUUGCGUAUAAUAAGACCAGAGAAAUGUCUAUAAUUGGCGGAAGCGGUGUUUUUCGAUUUGCUAAGGGAUAUGCUGAAGCUAACACAAUCUCUUUUGAUCCUAUAACAGUGAAUACUAUUGUUGAAUACAAUGUCUUUGUUUCUCAUCAAGAUUGAUGUUUUUUGUUUUGUUGUUAAUAACUAGUGAUAACAUUCGUCUUUGCAUGUUUUUUCAUGUGACGGUUGAUGUCGUCAUAUGUCAUAGGUAUCCUUGUCAUCUUUGCAUGUUUUUUCAUGUGAGGGUUGAUGUUGUCAUAUGUGUCCAUGUUUAUUGGUGUGUAAUUGUAAUUGGUGCCAUGAUUAGAAUAAUAAAACUUUGUAUUAUUGAAAUA